AGAAUUCGCCAGGGCAAACCUAGCUGGAUCCGGGGCUUUUGCAGCCAGUGUAGUCCGAGCAAGCGGUCAGAGAUUUUGCUGAUUCACCCCACGCCAGCGGAGGUGAGGAGCCUGAACAUGAUAAGCAGAGAACCCCACAUCCAAGCCAGCCACUGGAACCAAACAGGAGCCGAUCGGGUCCGCAGAACGCCACGACGCGAGGCGACGAAAACCCAAACGGGUUCCAGGCAAAGUCAUGACUUCCUCAAAAACAGGAAUCCUCCAAAUUAUCCUCCAGGACCGCGGGCUCUUCCCCUUGUGGGGAAUUUCUUCAGUAUGGACAAUAAACAUCCACACAUUUAUUUUACCAAGCUGGCUGGCGUCUAUGGGAAUGUGUUCAGCGUCCGUUUCGGCGGUGACAAGAUGGUGCUUGUGUCUGGGUACAAGAUGGUGAGGGAAGCCAUAGUAACACAAGCCGAGAAUUUUGUGGAUCGACCAUACAAUGCAGUCACUGACAGGUUUCUCUCAGGAAAAUCAGGUGGUCUUUUUAUGAGCAAUGGUGAAAUAUGGAAAAGACAGCGACGCUUUGCCUUGUCUACCUUACGGAACUUUGGCCUGGGCAAAAGAACCAUGGAGCAGAGUAUCUGUGAGGAGGUCGGACACCUGCAGGAGGAGAUAGAGAAGGAGAGAGGUGAACCUUUCAACCCAACAGGCCAUUUUAACAAUGCUGUGUCCAACAUCAUUUGCCAGUUGGUGAUGGGGAAACGGUUUGAAUACAGCGACCACAACUUCCAGAUCAUGCUGCAGUAUCUGUCUGAACUUAUCUGGCUGGAGGGCUCUAUCUGGAGUAUGCUUUAUCAGUCAUUCCCCAGAGUGAUGAAGCACUUGCCAGGUCCUCACAACAAAAUGUUCAGCCACUUCAACACCCUCCUAGACUUCAUCAGUCAGCAGGUAAAAUGGCACAAGAAGGACCUGGACCACAACAAUCCCCGGGACUACAUAGAUGCUUUCUUAACUGAAAUGGAGAAUCUUUAUCAGUCAUUCCCCAGAGUGAUGAAGCACUUGCCAGGUCCUCACAACAAAAUGUUCAGCCACUUCAACACCCUCCUAGACUUCAUCAGUCAGCAGGUAAAAUGGCACAAGAAGGACCUGGACCACAACAAUCCCCGGGACUACAUAGAUGCUUUCUUAACUGAAAUGGAGAAUCACAAAGAAUCUGAUGUGGGCUUCACUGAGACCAAUCUGGCAAUGUGCUCUCUGGAUCUGUUCCUGGCUGGAACUGAGACAACCUCCACCACUUUGCUGUGGGCUUUGGUUUUCCUCAUCAAAAAUCCAGAUAUCCAGGACAAAGUCCAGGCAGAGAUAGACAGAGUGAUCAGACAGAACCGCCAGCCCACUAUGGCAGACAGACCCAACCUGCCCUACACUGACGCUGUCAUCCACGAGAUCCAGAGGAUGGCAAACAUUGUUCCUCUCAAUGGAGUCAGAAUGGCCGCCAAGGACACGACACUGGGUGGUUACUUCAUACCCAAGGGUACGUCCGUAAUGCCCAUUCUGACCUCUGUGCUGUUCGACAAGACUGAAUGGGAAACUCCAGACACCUUCAACCCUGGACACUUCCUGGAUGCUGAAGGAAGGUUUGUGAAGAGAGAGGCUCUCCUGGCUUUCUCUGCAGGGAAACGUGUGUGUCUCGGAGAAGGCCUCGCCAAGAUGGAGCUGUUCCUGUUUUUGGUCGCUUUACUGCAGAAAUUCUCUUUCUUUGUUCCUGAUGGAGUUGAGUUGAGUACAGAAGGAGUUACUGGAAUCACACGUGUACCACACCCCUUCAAGAUGUGGCUUUAUAUUUUUUUGCCAGGUUUUGACAUCAAGGGGGUAUUCCUGUUUAUUUUUAUUUUCCUCCUAAUAGCAGACUUCCUCAAAAACAGGAAUCCUCCAAAUUAUCCUCCAGGACCGCGGGCUCUUCCCCUUGUGGGGAAUUUCUUCAGUAUGGACAAUAAACAUCCACACAUUUAUUUUACCAAGCUGGCUAGCGUCUAUGGGAAUGUGUUCAGCGUCUGCCUUGGCAAUGACAAGAUGGUGCUUGUGUCUGGGUACAAGAUGGUGAGGGAAGCCAUAGUAACACAAGCCGAGAACUUUGUGGAUCGACCAUACAAUGCAAUCGCUGACAGGUUUUACUCAGGAAAAUCAGAUGGUCUUUUUAUGAGCAAUGGUGAAAUAUGGAAGAGACAGCGACGCUUUGCCUUGUCUACUUUACGUAACUUUGGCCUGGGCAAAAGCACCUUGGAGCAGAGUAUCUGUGAGGAGGUCCGACACCUGCAGGAGGAGAUAGAGAAGGAGAGAGGUGAACCUUUCAACCCAGCAGGCCAUUUUAACAAUGCUGUGUCCAACAUCAUUUGCCAGUUGGUGAUGGGGAAACGGUUUGAAUACAGCGACCACAACUUCCAGAUCAUGCUGAAGUAUCUGUCUGAAGUUAUGUGGCUGGAGGGCUCAGUCUGGGGUAUGCUUUAUCAGUCAUUCCCCAGAGUGAUGAAGCACUUGCCAGGUCCUCACAACAAAAUGUUCAGCCACUUCAACACCCUCCUAGACUUCAUCAGUCAGCAGGUAAAAUGGCACAAGAAGGACCUGGACCACAACAAUCCCCGGGACUACAUAGAUGCUUUCUUAACUGAAAUGGAGAAUCACAAAGGAUCUGAGCUGGGCUUCACUGAGACCAAUCUGGCGAUGUGCUCUCUGGAUCUGUUCCUGGCUGGAACGGAGACAACCUCCACCACUUUGCUGUGGGCUUUGGUUUUCCUCAUCAAAAACCCAGAUAUCCAGGACAAAGUCCAGGCAGAGAUAGACAGAGUGAUCGGACAGACCCGCCAGCCCACUAUGGCAGACAGAUCCAACCUGCCCUACACUGAUGCUGUCAUCCACGAGAUCCAGAGGAUGGCAAACAUUGUUCCUCUUAAUGGACUCAGAAUGGCCGUCAAGGACACGACACUGGGUGGUUACUUUAUACCAAAGGGUACGUCCUUGCUGCCCAUUCUGACCUCUGUGCUGUUCGACAAGACUGAAUGGGAAACUCCAGACACCUUCAACCCUGGACACUUCCUGGAUGCUGAAGGAAGGUUUGUGAAGAGAGAGGCUCUCCUGGCUUUCUCUGCAGGGAAACGUGUGUGUCUCGGAGAAGGCCUCGCCAAGAUGGAGCUGUUCCUGUUUUUGGUCGCUUUACUGCAGAAAUUCUCUUUCUUUGUUCCUGAUGGAGUUGAGUUGAGUGCAGAAGGAGUUACUGGAAUCACACGUGUACCACACCCCUUCAAGGUGUGCGCUAAGGCUCGCUGAAUUAAGCAAAAUCUCACUGAACCAUUUUUCAUGUGUAACAAGACUAAGCAAAACACUUUCUCAAACUCAGUCUCA